AUGGAAUCAUCGUCGUUAUCGUCAUUUUCGGGAACAUCAAAGAGGGCCAGGGCACCAGGGCAUAUCUCCCAGAAUGCUCAUUGCUUGGUCGAUGGAUGUAAUGCUGACCUAAGUCAAUGCCGGGAGUAUCAUCGCCGCCAUAAAGUCUGUGAAAUCCACUCCAAGACUCCGAGGGUCACAAUUGGGGGUCGUGAGCAACGGUUUUGUCAACAAUGCAGCAGAUUUCAUUCUCUUGGAGAGUUUGAUGAAGGAAAACGUAGUUGCAGAAAACGUCUUGAUGGCCACAAUAGGAGGCGAAGAAAGCCUCAGCCAGAGCUUUCUAGAAGUCCCGGAAUGCUAUUUUCCAGUUCGCAAGGUACAAGAAUUCUGUCAUUUAGUAGUACGCCACAAAUAUUUCCUAGUGCAGUCGUGAGUUCCAAUUGGACCAGCAUCAUCAAACCCGAGAAUGAUGCCAUGCUGUACAACAACCACCAGUCAAAUGUAAAUUACAUAGACAGACACACCGUCUUCCAGGAGCCCUCAUCGUCUAGUGAUUAUAGUAAAAGUGCAAACCAAUAUCAGUUUAUGCAAGGCACCAAUCAACCCUUGAGGGAAACUUCUAUCUGUCAACCGCUUCUCGAUCCAGAUUCAGCAUCAGGACAUACUAACAGCAGCGGCCAGUUGAAUCAAGUCAUCAGCUCGAAUCAUCGUGCUCUCUCUCUUCUGUCAUCUGCACCCGUUGUAACUAGGGAGAUCAGUUUUAGCCACAACCUGGUGCAGCCUGACUCCAAUAUUUCCUCGGCGCAGUCAUCCGUAGUACACAACCUGCAUUACAGUGGUAGUCUUCCUGCAAGCCAAUUUCAUCAAUUUGCUCGAGAAAUGGAAAGUAGUAACCACAAGCGAGUAGUUGUUUCUGAAACGGAUUCCCAAGCCAGCAAUAAUAUCGGGAACACCCUCCAUUUCCCGGAAAUGUUCCAUCAUAACGGACCAGUCGAGUCAUCUACAAGUGGUGGGCCAUCUCAUCAGACCCUCACAUUCCUGUGGGAGUAG